CGCCUCUCGCCCGUAGUCAGCUGGGAUAGGCUCCAGCUCCCCCGCGACCCUGACGGAUAAGCGGUAUAGAAAAGAUCCAGAUCCUCCAGCACAAACGGUUGUAGAACUGCCACUCGCUGUGUGCAGGUUUUUAAACGCAGCAGGACAACAAAGAUGAAUCUUGGCCUUACUGACUUUCCAUACUCAGAGACUUUUCAGUCUCUUUCAGUCAGUGAAGUUUUAGUACUAAAAUGUACUAUAUACAGUACACAUUGUAUACAGUACACAUCAUGCUAUGACUAAUCAACUUCUUUCUUUUCUGUUAACUUUAUUUUCAGACUCUUAUUUUGACACUCCAGAAAGGAAGUGGGGCACUCAUGUUGCGUAUGACUUCACUUCCUGUCAGUCCCUCUGUCCCUCUUUCUGUCUCUCUCUCUCUCUCUCUCUCUUUCUCUGUCUCUCUCUCUCUCACACACUCCCCCUCUCUCCCUCUCUCUCUUUCUCAGGUGAUGGACACUCAGAAGGAAGCUCUGCGCAGGAUUAUCAGCACAUUAUCCAGUAAGAAUGAAGAGCUCCAGAACUUUGUGGAAACAGUUGACCACACACUGACAGGACUGCAGGAGGAAUCAUGUAAGGUGAUAUCAGAGCUGGAGGCGGAGCUUGAACUGCUAAGCUCCGCCCUGGAUGAAAAGAGGGCAGAGCUUCAUGGCGACAUUAAAGAGGAGAAGCAGAGGAAAGAGGCGGAGCUUCAGAAACAGCUGUCAGAAGGAAAGUUUGCUCUGCUGUCGUGUGAAGAGCUACUGGAGUUUGCAAAUCAAACUCUGACGAUCACCAAUGAAGAAGAAUUCCUAAAGGCUGCAAAACAAAUCAAAGAAAGGGUAACCAUGGCUCCUGCGUUUCGGCUGACCACUCGUCCAGCAGUGUCGGAAAACAUGUCACAGUUUACCGUUGACUUUAGUGCAGAGAGGGCAGGACUUCAACGGCUUCACUUCUUGCCAGUUCCCAGACCUCCAGAGAUUGACGUCUCCAGCUGCAUCAUCCGUGAUAACACCAUAACGGUUGCCUGGCGACCAGCUGGUGAUGCAGACAUCGGUAUCAGUGGACCAAUAGAACACUACGAACUUGAAUAUCGAAAAACAAAUCGCAACAGUUUGCUGAGAGUGACAGGCGACGUGCACUGGGAAAAAAUCCGGGACAUCAGAGAGACACACAUCACCAUCUCAGGUCUCAAGUUUGACUCUGAGUUUAUUGUCCUUCGAGUUCGAGCGAGAAACAAAGCGGCCCCUGGCGAGUUCUCUGAGCCUGUCGCCUUGGAAACCACAGCGUAUAAUUUUGGGUUUGAUGCAGCGACGGCUCACGCCGAACUGAAGGUUCAGGGUGACACGGUGACCUGGGAGCCGCAGGGGGCCAAAGGUCACGACCCUCGCCUGAGAGGAAAAGAGAAUAAGAGCAGUAGCAGAAGUGCCACCCCUUCACCCAAUAAAACAGCGGGAAGUCGAGCAGGACGUGACCGAUUCGCUGGAGAGUCGUAUACAGUACUGGGUGACCAGGAGAUGAUUGGUGGCUGUCAUUACUGGGAGCUGCGCCCCUUGGCUGACUGGAAGUCCUUCAGUGUGGGUGUGGCCUACCGGGCAAGCCUUGGCCGUUUUGACCAGUUAGGGAAGAAUGCUGGUUCAUGGUGUCUCCACGCCAGCCAAUGGCUGCAGACCUCACUUGCUGCAAAGCACAACAACCGAGCGAAGGCACUGGAUUGGCCGCUGCCUCAGCGAAUCGGAAUCUACUGUGACUAUGACAGUGGUGAUUUGUCCUUCAUUGACGUCGAUCGGCUUCAUCUUCUUCACUCUUUCAAAACAAAGUUCAGCCUGCCGCUCGUCCCAGCCUUCACAGUUUGGUGCGGUGGUAUCACCAUAACAACAGGCCUGCAGGUACCAAGCUUUGUGGGUAAUUUCCUCUCCACCAGUCGGAGCCUCAGCAACCUGACGCAGUAGAUCGGCUUGUCCUCACUGGUUUUUGUUUUAUUGUGCUGUUUUUCCGCAAUUAUCAAUAACAUAUUUAUUUAAAAAAUGUAAAUUAAUUUAAUAUAACAAACAAUACAAUUUAAAUAUUAUAUUACAUAUAGAAAUUAUUUGUGAAUUUUGUCAUUAUCAAUACUGUUUGAAAAUGAAAAUUAAAAACCUGAAAUGAA